AUGACAAAAAGUUCAAAGAAAAAUGUUACAAAAAAACCUCCAACACAACCUGAUGUAGCAAAGAAACCUCCAAAGGAAGAUCCUACAGGGAAAAGAGAUCAUGGAGCAAAUAAAGCUCCUGCAGCACAAAAGAUAUCGCUAAAGAAACCUGCAAAUUCAAAUAAAUCUCCAAUUAAAGCUAGUGCUGCUGCUGCUGCCUUGCCAAGAUUACGAAAAAAGGAGGAAAAGGAAGAGGACAAAAAGGAAGAGGAGAAGGAUGAAAACAAAGAGGAGAAAAAGAAAGAUGAGAAGGUGAAAGAGCAGAAUGAAAAAGAACAAGAAGAGGAAGCUGAUGUUAGUGUAGUAGUUGAUGUAAAUACUGCAAACCAGGCAUCAGAACAUCCAUUCAACUUUUUGAAUGAAUUUGCUUCUAAGAUUUAG